AUGCUUGAGAACAUAAGGAUAGAGCCGAAGAUGAGCUACAGGAAGAUAGUGGGGGUCAAUGGGCCUCUUGUGAUAAUGGACAACAUCGGGUUUCUAAAGUAUGCAGAGAUAGUCAGUCUGACGCUUCCUGAUGGAAGUGUUAGGCAGGGACAGGUUCUGGAGGUGUGUGGAAAGAAGGCUGUGGUCCAGGUGUUUGAGGGGACGUCUGGAAUAGACAUCAAGGAGACACAGGUUACAUUUACAGGAGAAACAUUGAAGAUGGGGAUUUCGGAAGACGUGCUGGGAAGGAUAUUCAACGGGAGCGGAAAGGUCAUUGACGGAGGCCCGAACAUCAUUGCCGAAGACUACUUCGACAUCCAGGGACAGCCCUUGAAUCCAUACUCCAGGAUAUAUCCCGAGGAGAUGAUCCAGACUGGAAUAUCAUCGAUUGAUGUGAUGAACUCGAUUGCCAGGGGACAGAAGAUUCCUAUAUUCAGUGCAUCGGGGCUUCCCCACAACGAAAUAGCUGCACAGAUAUGCAGGCAGGCAGGGCUUGUGAAGAGAAAGGACUCGAUAGAUAGUAGUGACGACAACUUUGCAAUAGUUUUUGCAGCAAUGGGGGUGAAUGUAGAGACUGCAAAUUUCUUCCGGAACAGCUUCGAAGCAUCUGGAUCGAUUGGGAGGACAGCAUUGUUCCUGAAUCUGGCCAACGACCCCACCAUCGAAAGGAUCAUCACGCCACGACUGGCGUUGACGGCAGCAGAAUAUCUUGCAUAUGAGAAAGAGAAGCAUGUUCUUGUGAUCAUGACAGACAUGAGUUCGUAUGCAGAUGCGUUGCGUGAGGUUAGUGCUGCAAGGGAAGAGGUUCCAGGAAGAAGAGGAUAUCCAGGAUACAUGUAUACAGACCUUAGCACGAUAUACGAGAGAGCAGGGAGGCUGGAGGGAAGAAACGGAUCUAUCACCCAGAUCCCGAUUCUAACAAUGCCAAAUGACGACAUAACGCAUCCGAUUCCAGAUCUCACGGGAUACAUCACCGAAGGACAGAUUUACGUUGACAGGCAGAUGCACAACAGACAGAUCUAUCCACCCAUAAAUGUGCUUCCAUCAUUGUCUAGGCUGAUGAAAAGCGCAAUUGGGGAAGGGAUGACGAGAAAGGACCAUGGAGAUGUGUCGAACCAACUUUAUGCAAAGUAUGCAAUAGGCAAGGAUGCCCAGGCCAUGAAAGCUGUUGUGGGUGAGGAUUCUCUUUCUUUGGAGGACAAGAUCUCGAUAGAGUUUUUGGAAAGGUUUGAGAAGGAGUUUAUAAGCCAGAGACAUAACGAGCUUAGGACAGUGAACCAGUCCCUGGACAUUGCAUGGGAUCUCCUUCGAACGUUUCCACGAGAAAUGCUUAAUAGAAUCCCAUCGGACAUAUUGGAUGAGUUCCAUUCUGUGGCGCCCUCGAGAUCGGAGUAG